AUGCGCUGUACGUCCAUUUCUUUUGCAAAUUUUGCACAUUUUCUGGCCAUUGCUGAUGCGUCGCGUUCGCUGUGGCACACAACUCACCCGCUCGGCUCGUCCCAACCUAUCGGACUUAUGGAGCCAGCCUUUUCCAAGAUUGUCGUCGACAACCCGGUCGUCGAGCUCGAUGGAGACGAGAUGACCCGUAUCAUCUGGAAAAAGAUCCGCGAAGAGGCGAGUUCAGUUCUCUCAACAAGUCUUCUCAUUCUGCCAUAUCUUCAACUCGACAUCAAGUAUUACGACCUCGGGCUUGAACAUCGAGAUGCUACAGACGACAAGGUCACUGUCGAUGCCGCAGAGGCCAUUCUCAAGCAUUCGGUCGGCAUCAAGUGUGCGACCAUCACCCCAGACGAGGCCCGCGUGGAAGAGUUCAAACUCAAGUCGAUGUGGAAGAGUCCCAACGGCACUAUAAGGAAUAUCCUGGGCGGAACGGUCUUCCGUGAGCCUAUCAUCCUCACCAGCGUACCCCGACCGGUUCCCGGAUGGACGAAACCCAUUGUUAUCGGCAGACACGCAUUCGGUGACCAAUACCGUUCGACAGACUUUGUGGCUCCAGGACCAGGCAAAAUCCAACUCGUUUACACUCCAAAGGAUGGUGGCAAGCCUACGACGAUGGAUGUGUACGACUUCAAGGGCCCCGGCGUCGCCAUGGCCAUGUACAACACUGACGACUCGAUACGCGGCUUUGCACACACGUCAUUCAAGAUGGCGUUGAGCAAGAAGCUGCCCCUUUACAUGUCGACGAAGAAUACGAUCCUCAAAAAGUACGACGGUCGCUUCAAGGAUAUUUUCCAAGAGAUUUACGACAAGGAGUAUAAAUCCCAGUUUGAAGCGGCCGGUCUCUGGUACGAGCACCGACUCAUCGAUGACAUGGUCGCCCAAGCUAUCAAGUCAUCUGGUGGCUUUGUUUGGGCAUGCAAAAACUAUGAUGGCGAUGUUCAGUCGGACGUUCUCGCUCAGGGCUUUGGCUCCCUAGGAAUGAUGACUUCGGAGCUCAUCACCCCCGAUGGAAAGACUAUGGAAUCUGAGGCAGCGCAUGGCACUGUUACAAGACAUUAUAGGGAGCAUCAAAAGGGCAAAGAGACGAGCACCAACCCGGUCGCUUCCAUCUUUGCUUGGACUCGCGGGCUCAAGUUCCGUGCGCAGCUGGACAAGAAUGAGAGGCUCAAGCAAUGGUGCGACGAUCUUGAGGCAGCGUGCGUCGAGGUCAUCGACAAGGACGGCGUGAUGACCAAGGAUUUGGCUCUCGCAAUUCAUGGAAAAGACAUGAAGAGAGAACACUGGGUUAUCACAAACGAGUACAUGGAUGCCGUCAAGGCCAAGCUCGAUGAGAGGCUCAAGGCUCGAGGACAAUGA